CCUCCUGCUACUGUGUGUUGCGGCUGCGAGUCAAGCCAAGGAUGUUGGAAGACACAAAGAGGGAAGUGCCUACACACCGGCGGAAGCUUAGCCGACAGCGACGUUGUUUUGCGCCCAAGUCCCACCUGCUCAUGAAGAACAGUCUGGUCAUUCAUUAUCGCAGAAACUUGUCAAGAUGCCACUACAGGAUGGGGAAGAGCCGCCUCCUAAUGGGAGCCGGCCUGAUAGCCGACUGAAGAGCAAGAAGCCACCCAGUCUUGUCAUUGCGAUACCCACGCCUGAACAGAUGAUGUCUCAUGAUCCCACUAAACUGCCCCUUCGGCCGCUGUUGAAGAAAAACAUGAGUGGCCAAGCAACCAGUUCCGUGUCUGCAAGUAUCAGCGGAGCCGGAGAUGCAGGCCUGUCAGCCUCAGAAAGAAGGGAAAAAUUUGGAAGACAGACCUCACUCUCACAAAGUAUACGCAAGAAUACAGCCCAGUGGUUUGGGGUAGGCGAAGACUGUGAGACCAAACAGCAGGUGUGGCAGAGGAAGAGUCUGCGCCACUGCAGCCAUCGCUAUGGCAAGUUGAAGGCACAAUACAGGGAACCUGACACAGCCACAAGCAUUGAACAGAGCCUGGAAUCUCCAACCCCACACAAGAUGCCAAAGAUUGUCGACCCCUUGGCACGUGGACGAGCAUUCCGUUACCCAGAGGACAUAGAAACUCGCUCACCAAAGGCUCCCAUCACCCCUGGGGUCACCUCGCUCAGCUCUUUUACCAGCCAACGCUCAGGGUAUAGUCGCUUGCCCAAACGUAAAAGGGAAUCUGUCGCCCGCAUGAGCAUCCGUGCUGCAAAUAACCUGCUGAGGGGCCGAAGCGGCUUAGCUGGUUCCUUGACAGGUCGCAGCUUUCCCAGGAGGAGCUUUGUCAGGCCGAGUUGGCUGGAUGAGGACACUGUAGACUCUGCAGACAUGUCUGAGUCACUCUUUUUUAGCAAGGUUGAUGUCCAUGAUGAAUUGUACUCUAUGGCUGAUGAUGUAUUUGAAUCACCACCACUGUCAGCUGCCUUUGCCCCCUGUGAGCAACCAGAUCAGAAAUUCUCAAGCCUUAAGGAUGCAUCUCGAACACCACGUACACCAACCGCAGCGCAGGAGAAAAGUCAUCCUCGACGUGGCCGUCGCAUUGCUUCCCAAGUGAAGCACUUUGCUUUUGACAACAGAAAACGUGACUAUGGAAUGGGCGUUGUGGGCAAGUGGCUGAACCGGCAGUAUCGACGGAGCAUCAGCAGUGCCAUCCAGAAGCAGCUAGAUGACUUCCACAGCCAUAGGCCUUACUUUACCUACUGGAUCACAUUUGUCCAUAUUGUUAUCACAUUGCUGUCCUGCUGUACUUAUGGUUUUGCCCCUGUCGGGUUUGCACAACAUUCUAAAACUGCCCUAGUGCUGAAAAACAAAGGCAUCUAUGAAAGUGUCAAGUACAUCCAACAGCAGAACUUUUGGAUUGGGCCUAGAUCUGAUGACCUGAUUCAUUUGGGAGCCAAGUUCUCGCCAUGCAUCCGUCAGGACAAACAGAUAGUCCAGCUGAUCCAAAAGGCCAAAGAUCUGGAAAAAGAGUCUGGCUGUUGUGUUCAAAAUGACAACUCUGGAUGUGUGCAGACUUUCAACUCCGACUGCUCAGAGACAUUGGCCACAUUUAUCAAAUGGAACAGUGAGCCUGUGGACAUCAUCAGGUCCUCUGGUGCUGUUUGUCACCAGGAUCCUAGAAUAUGCGAAGAGCCUGCAUCAGCAGAGCCUCACACGUGGCCGGAUGACAUCACACAGUGGCCAGUGUGUACAUAUCCCCAAAAGUGGAACCAUACAGGCUACAGACACAUGGACUGUAACAUCAAGGGACGACCUUGCUGCAUAGGCACUAAGGGCAGGUGUGAGAUCACAACCAGGGAGUAUUGCUCUUUCAUGCAUGGCUACUUCCAUGAGGAUGCCACACUCUGUUCACAGGUUCACUGUCUUGAUGAUGUUUGUGGCUUGCUUCCUUUCUUAAACCCGGAUGUGCCUGAUCAGUUCUACCGAUUUUGGCUGUCCCUUUUCCUCCAUGCUGGGUUGCUACACUGCGUGGUAUCAGUCGUGUUUCAAAUGACCAUAUUGCGAGACCUGGAGAAGCUAGCAGGUUGGGUUCGCAUCUCCAUCAUUUACAUCUUUAGUGGAAUAACUGGAAACCUUGCCUCUUCCCUCUUCCUGCCUUAUCGAGCCGAGGUGGGUCCAGCAGGAUCUCAAUUUGGCCUCCUGGCGUGCCUGUUUGUUGAACUCUUUCAAGGUUGGCAGAUGUUGGAGGAACCAUGGAAAGCAUUUUUAAAACUCUUAGGAAUUGUCUUUUUCCUCUUCUUGUGCGGUCUUUUGCCAUGGAUAGACAACAUCGCUCACAUUUUUGGCUUUCUUAGUGGAAUGCUGCUCUCCUUCGCCUUUCUGCCCUACGUCACCUUUGGAACUUUUGACAAGUACCGUAAACGCGUCCUCAUCGUCGUAUCGCUGUUGGCAUACGUCGGCCUGUUCUCUUCGCUCAUUGUUUGGUUUUAUAUUUACCCCAUUAACUGGCACUGGCUGGAGCAUUUCACCUGCCUACCCUUCACGAGCAAGUUCUGUGAAAAGUAUGACAUUGAUCAUGACAUUAACCACGUUGUGCACUAGUCUUUAGCUUUCUAAUGGCCUUGAGACCAAGUUACCCGCUGAUAAUCCAGGUCUUCUAAGUGUCCUUCAAGACUGGCAAUCAUGACUCUUGUUGUGGUUGGUUACCCUGAUGACGCACCUACUUCCAUAAAACCUUUCAUAUUACCAGCAUUUACUGGUGGGCCAACGGAUCUUUAGACCCUGAGGAUAGGAAAAAUACUCAGGACCUUAAAUGCAAAAAGAUGGAUUAAACCAAAGAUGCUUCACCGGUUUUGUUCAGCACUUCAAAAGGCACACUAGAGAGACGUCUGGUCCGUUUGAAAUGGAGACCACCGGGAUCAAGUUGAUGAAGCGGAUGCCUCACUUAACAGGUGGCAUCAGGCCAAACACUAUGGACAAGUAUGUUGUUUCAAUAUGACUUUGUAUGUAUUUUGGGCUAACAUUUUUAGGUCAACAAAGGAACAUGCAGUGACAGCGCUGCACUGAGGGAAACAUGUUGGACCACCUGUUGCCUUAAAUUUGCUGCCAUUUUACCCGACGCUAGUUCGUCACGCAGGUUUAUCAUCGGUGAUCAAUCAAGUUUCAAGGUACCUAAAUAGGAUAUUAAAAUUUGUGAGCACAGCCAUUGGCAAAGCCGUGCUGUGAGCAGUUGUGACAAAGGAUUAGCCAGUUAAGUGAGUUAUGAGAUUUAUCAGUUGACUCUCAGGUCAUCUGACGUCACGAUAAACAUUAGUAUACACUUGUAAUAACUUAUUGUCUAUCUUUUAUAUAUGUACAUAUGUUUGUACACAUUUGAACUUCUUUUAGCAUUUUUUAAAUGUCCUAUUUGUUUUAUGCCCCAAGACUGCUCUUUGCGUAUUAACUUGUAAAACAAUCAGUUUGGCCUAUUUUAAGGAAUUCCCUGCACUGUGCCCCUUUUUUUUUUUUUUUUUUUUUUUGGUAACUUGAAGCUUGUGUGAAAGUUUGAAACCUGAAAACAUCCUGCCUUCACAGCAGCUGAAAACAAGUGUAUUUACACUGGGACCAAAUUCUUUUAGGAACACAGAAAGGCAACCUGAAUAUUGAUUUGUUGUUAAAGCUCAACUUUCCGUUUUAACUUAUGCAAAAAUCAAUCUUCGUUAAAAAUAAACGACACUCUACUUUAAAUGUAUGUCAGCUUACUGUUAUUUGGUGUUUUUAAGUUGGUACUAUCUCAUACACGGCAACGUUUGUUGAAAAAGGGAACAACAACAAGCUCGAAAAUAUAUCCUUUAUUAUCAUGAGAGCAAAACAUGACAACUGCAUUUAAAACACAUUUGUCUUGAUUCAAGACUUCAGCAGGCACGAGUGAUUCAUAUAUUUAACGGAGAAGGCAAGAUGUCAAAAGUGUUGAUUAGAAAAUGAAGUUACAUUAAGCGAUGGAGUUCAUGUCGACUAAUGUGCUUUUUUUUUUUUUUUUUUUUUUUUUAAUGACCGUGUUUGCCAGCACCAUUUUGAGUUUAGUGACCACAGACUAUAUGGACAGAAGUAAGUUUGUCAACAGUAAAAGACUGAUAAUGUCCAGCAUUUAUCAAACCAUAUAAAAACAAUAAAUCCUUUGUUUAAGCAGGUGAGGCAACUGAGAACAGUUUCUGAUUUAAGCCAACCAAGAGGCAAUAUCUGGAUUGGGUGUCUUGCCCAAGGACGCUUUGAUAGCUACAGCUGAGAUUCAAACCGCUGACCAGCCUCCUUGAACAUCGCAAAAACACAGUAUGAAGCCUUUUACAGUGUUGCCAAUUAGCAUUAAACUAGCUUUUUGGGUUGUUUUUUUCAUUGUAAUUACAUUGAUGUCCAAUGUUCAUUCCUCUUUGAAGGCAGUGUGAUCAAUUCCAUCGCUUUGUCACUCAACCUGACGUCAGCUCAAAGUGUCCCUUUUCCAACCAGGGGCCUGCCACUGGCAUGCAUCCUGAGAAAAACCAAGUCAAGUCCUUCUUUUCUCAAUAUCCACUAUUACGACGCAUAUAGGCGUGACCCCUGACUGGGUAGAACAUUUCGAUAAAGGUGAGCGGCCCCACGGUGAUCUCACUGGGGCCUUGCACUUUGAAGCCGGACUUCUGAUAGAAGGGAACCAGGAAGUCUUCACACAUGAGAACAGCUCGCCGGACGUACGGCAAACAGCGGAGAUACUGCAGGUAGCGCCACAUUAGGAUGGAACCUUUGCCCUGUUGCCGGAAUGUGCGAUGCACAGCCAAGACGUGGAUGUGGACCGUCAUGCCAUGAGGCUUGUGGAGAGUCAGGGCGUCCUGGUAGACGACCACAAAUCAGUUAGGAUUGGAAUGAACAUGAAAUGGUUCAUGAGAAGUGUCAGAAAAUAGCAAAUCCAAGCUACCAGUUUUUAAAGCAACACUAAGGUAACUUCAACCUUUAUAAAAUAUUUUCUUAACAUUUGUGAUCAUUUGUCUACUGACAACUAGUUGAAUGACACUUUGAUAUCUUGAAGGGAUAUGUAUCGCUUUUUUCACCAGCACGAAUUAACUUUGAGGAGGGUAGCAGGAACACUUCAACACAAAAAACCUACAAAUGUGCUGACUGCUUUACGUCAUAUGUCACUUCCUCCUUUCCUGAAUUCAUUAUAAAGACAGAAGUCGAUGCGAACACUUUCGUCAGCGCUGACGAGUUCGGGUGAGGUGGGGGGGGGUUAUCUACACUAACCCACACGGUUGCUAACCUUCAUAUGCUAUUGUUUAACCACAACUACCGUAUUGGCCCGAAUAUAAGACGGUGUUUUUUGCAUUGAAAUAAGACUGAAAAAGUGGGGGUCGUCUUAUAUUCGCGGUCUACACGUUAUACAUAUUCACGAGGCUAGAAGGUGCCAGAUAUCAUUGAAGCAAUGUUCUGUCAUGACAGAUCUCAGCUACUCUCAAGUUUAACCAGUUUGCAUUGUUUUUAUUGCAAUGCUUUUCCUUAUUCAGAUUUGUUUCAAGACUACAGUUACAGUUAGACUUCACUUUGGUGGUUAAUGCAGUUAUUGCAAUUUUGUUGUUUUAUCUCAAUAGAUUGGUUUAUUUACAUUUCAAAAACAAGAAGCCAUUCAUUUACGAAUGUGAUUGCACUUCAGUUUACAUAUUUAAAUGUUCAAAUAUUAAGAUUUGAAUGAGGAAAAAUAAUGUGCUUUUUCUCUCAAAUAUAUUGUUAUCAUCAUUUGUUUCAGAUGUACUGUAAUUAUUUUCUGUAUAAAAAUUUAUUUGUUGUUCCAAAAGUCUUUUUUCAAACUUGAGUCUUGAAAAAUGGGGUUGUCUUAUAAUCAGGGCCGUCUUAUAUUCGGGCCAAUACGGUAGAUUCAUUACCUUGUUACUAUUCAUCCUUCACGCAGCCGCUGGAAACAAAGGUUUAAUCCAUCUGCAGGUGACCGGGAGAUUAAUUUUUGAUUAAUUGAUGAUUUUACGACACUGCGCGGGUGUGCGCUGAUCAUCAUGGGAAACGCAGCGCUGGUCCUCACGGGAAACGCAACCUUCCUUAAGGCAAAGCACUUGUUUGUCCACCAGCGUCGCUAAAAUCAACCAUAACUAAAAUGUCCCAAGUGUUGCUUUAAAUACGCUGGUUUUAUGAAAAUUUUAAAAUAUUGACAUGAAACGAUAUAUGAAUGAAGCGGAAAUGACUGCAAUGUCUAUUCAACACUUAUGUUAUUGCAAAUAAUGUGGCUAUAGUAAAAGUAGUAACAACCUUGUAAGUGGGUGAACUGUGGCGAAGAAACUUUGGAAUCGGCAAGCCAAUUCCAGUUUUAAUCAAUAUGAAAAUCAAAAUGGAAUUGGUCUUCUUGUUUUCCAAAUUCUUCCCCAGUGUUAUUCUUUAAUCUCCACUUUUUCUGAAAACCGUGAAAUAUUCCCUAAUUUAAUACUUUUUAACAAAAUCAACAAAACUGAAUUCGGAAAUUGAACUGAAUUAAGAACUUUUCUAAGCUAUUCUUAUUUAUUUAGAUGCACACAUUGGACGUGUAAACAUUGGGACAGGUGUCGUACCAUGGUAAGUCUCUCACCGUCCCACAGUGAGCCGAUAAUGAAAGCCACCAGCCGUCCCUCCUCGAACCAGCCCAGUGACAGCUCGGGACACAGUGUGAGGAAGUGACGCACCUCGUCCAGCAGGAGUGGACACUCGCCAGACACUGAGAUGAAUGCUGUGUGAAUACGUGAAAAAUUUAAUAUGUCAACUUGUUGUUUCACAACUCUACACAACACACUGAAAAAUGGAAGAAAGCUCAACGUGUUGGGGUCAAUAAGGUCAGCAGGUGCCUGCAGCUGACUUUGGGUUAGAGGCCCUAGUCAGGUUGCCAGCCAAUCACCACAUAUAUAUGGCGGAAAACAGACAAGGCUGAAAAAGCAGUUUCUGCUCUUGCACGCCUUAAAAUAAACUGCUGUAUUUUAAGCCAAAAGAACUGUUGUGUUUGAUAGAACAAUAUUGUCUAUAUGCUGCCAUAGCAGUUUCAUGGCGCAUUAAGACUCCGAAGUAUUUUUAAUUUGUCUGUUUUACCCUGGGGACCCCGAUUUACAGACACCGCGCUUUUGUUUAAAUGCAACCAUAAAAAGGUAAUUAUUAUUCGAAAUGUCAUUUUUAGAAUCAUUAAUGUC